GAUAAUCAGCGGAUUCUUGGAAGAUGCGGAGGCUACUGUGGGACUUGCACACCAGACCCUAUCACUGGGCUAAAGCUAAGUCUUAGAGAUGGCUGAAAUCUUACUCUAGAGGGACAUCUCUCUCAUUUUCUUCAGGAAACUCUCUGUAUUAUGAGGACACCGCUAAUGAAGAUGGAUAAUGUGGUGGGAUGAAACUUGUCAGAGAGCUGUUUCUACUGGAUUUGAUGAACAGUUCCAGAAGAAACUAAGUUGGGACAUCCACAUUAGAGUGGAUGGACCUUGCAGUACCAAAGUAGAUGAGGAAACUUUCAAUCUUGCCUUUUUCAGGAGAAAGGCUAAUACCUACUCCUUAAAAAAGGACCAAAAAGUGAAUUAGUUAUAAGAAUAAUGCUAUUAUGAAAAGUGAAAAGCAACCAAAUACUUUAACACUGCCAUUAUGUAAUAAGUUUAUGCAGCAAUAGGUUUAUCAAAACUCUGUUGUUGCUGUGUGUUGACAAACAAUGCAUUAAUAUUUUACCAGACUUGGUCCAAUCUGCACUAAUAAGAUGUCCCAUUUUGACCAGAGGAUGCACUGCCCACCGAUGGACUCGUUCUUGAUCUCAAAUAAUACUGGGGAUGGAAUUCCUAUGGUUGAAUUAGAGAUGUGUUUGAUGUUCUUAAUUAAGGAAAUGGUCCAGAUUUUUAACAGGUUCUUGCUCUAUAAGAGAAGCUCUGAGGCAAUUCAGUGUAUCCUUGAAUUAUAAAAGCAAUUUAGUUGUUCUGUGGUGUGUUGUGCCCAGAGAUUUUGAAACACAUGGCACCAUAUCUUUAGUUUGAAUGUUUGCAUGAUGCUAAAACAAACUAUAAAGUCUUGUAAAUUUUUAUUUUUUAUAUAUUGAGUAUAAGCAGGACAAGCCUAUUUGUACUAGUGUUCCAUUAUUGGGAAAUCGACUGUAUAGACUGGCAGCACCAGUUAUGAGAAAUACUGAGAAAUUAAACAGUAUAAUAGUAUAAUCUGGUACAUUAACAAUAUUAUUGAAGUCUUUGUGUCUGUGGUAUCACAAUCAGAGUUAUUACAGCAUUGCAUAAUGUUUGUUUGGUAAAACUACUUGUCUUAGGGAAUGCUUUUAAAGAACUUAAAAAAAUUCCUUUGAAACUUUAUUGAAUCUUACAAUAGAUAAAUGAUCCUUUACCACAAGGUGCUACAUAGAUUACCUGGUUUAGUGUCCACAUCAUGCCUUCAUUGAACUCAAGAAAUAUAUACAGUACUGUAGAUGAGCAUGUCAUAAAUGAAUUUGCCCUAUUUUGAGAAAUGUAAAAUGUGAAAACAUCAAAAAACAGUGUUCCUGUAUAUACAGUAUGUGUGACUAUCAAAACAGAUAAUUUCAAGCCUUCAUUUUGAGGCAUGCAAUUACUUUCAUGCACUAAAAAGAUAUUUUGGCAAAGCUAUUAUUCACACUAUAAUUUAACUUGCUAAGCCUGCAAAUUAAUUUUAUUACCAACAUGUCAGUCAGUUACAUAAAUUCCAUGGUGAACUGUUGACAUUGCCACACUUUGUUAGUACAGCAGUAAGGGAAUGAAUGAUAAAAAGAAUAUUUUCAAGGUCCUGCAUCCAAUUCUGCAAAAAAAAAUUCUGAUACUGUAUAGCUGAUAGAAUUACACCAUGAGUAUAAUAACACACAACAGCAUUUUUCAAUGAUAACCUCUGGGAAACUGUCAUUGCCAGAUACCUUAAGUUAACAACACAACAAAUUAAAAAUUGAAGAUCAGGGUGGACCCCCGAAACCUUGGCCUAGAGGCAUGAAUCACUUGCGUUACUAUUGAUAGACAAGUUUUUAUGGCUCGCCAACAGUAUUGAAAAUGAAAUGAGGGCAUAUCAAUUGAUUAGUGUAGAUAAUAUUACAUUGAGAGUACUUUUUACAUUAAAUUUACCUGGUGAAAAAAAAAUUACAAGUACAGUACUGUA